CAUAUAAAUAAAUAUAAUGUCGAUUUGAACUUCAUCAUCGCUCGCCGCGUCAAACUUUCAUCUUGUAACCCAUCACAUAUUAAAUUAAGUGCCGAUAUAUCGCAACCAUUUUCAAAAAGAAUUGAAUUGAUUAAAGAUUUUGCCAAAAAUAGUUGAAAAUUCAAUGAAAACAUGAACAUAGUUGCUGCUAUCGGACAACACCAAUAAAUGUUGACAGCCAUUGGGUGAUGGUCACUGAAGAAAAAAGUCAUCAUUCGAAAAGCCGUACAAAUCGACAUUUCUACUAAGAGGAGAGAAUUAACUAUUUUUUUGUGAAAAUUUACUGUGUUUUUUUGUUCGAUUAUCAUCGCAUAAUCGUCAUAAAGUGUUUUCUUAUUAAUUUUCGUCAAUAUUGAAUUGUAAAAGUGGGCAAAAUGACGCAAACAUUGCCGAUUCGUUUUCAGGAGCAUAUGCAGCUCACCAAUGUCAACAUCAAUGCCAAUUCCAUCUCGUUCAAUACGCUCACAAUGGAAUCGGACAAAUUCAUUUGUGUUCGAGAAAAGGUCGGCGAAAAUAAUCAGGUGGUUAUUAUCGAUAUGAAUGAUUCGAACAAUCCGAUCCGUCGACCGAUUAGCGCUGAUUCAGCUAUCAUGAAUCCAGCAAGCAAAGUUAUUGCACUGAAAGCCCAAAAGACUCUUCAAAUUUUCAACAUCGAAAUGAAAUCAAAAAUGAAAACGCAUACGAUGACAGAAGAUGUCGUUUUCUGGAAAUGGAUUUCACUGAACAGUUUAGCAUUAGUCACCGAGUCGUCGGUCUAUCACUGGUCCAUGGAAGGUGACUCAACACCCGUGAAAAUGUUCGAGCGCCACUCGUCCCUGCUGAACUGCCAGAUAAUCAACUAUCGCACCGAUCCGAAACAGCAAUGGCUUCUGCUGGUUGGCAUAUCGGCACUGCAAAAUCGCGUCGCCGGUGCAAUGCAAUUGUAUUCCGUCGAGCGAAAAGUGUCGCAAGCCAUCGAAGGUCAUGCCGCCUCGUUUGCCACGUUCAAAAUGGAGGGUAAUCAGGAGCCGUCGGUGCUGUUUUGUUUUGCUGUUAGGACAGCACAAGGUGGUAAAUUGCAUGUGAUUGAAGUCGGAACGCCACCAGCGGGCAAUCAACCGUUCGUGAAAAAGGCUGUCGACGUAUUCUUUCCACCAGAGGCAGCCAGCGAUUUUCCCGUUGCAAUGCAGGUGUCGCCCAAAUACGAUGUAAUUUAUUUGGUCACAAAAUAUGGUUACAUUCACAUGUACGACAUUGAAAGUGGCACGUGCAUUUACAUGAAUCGAAUUUCGGCCGAAACAAUUUUCGUAACAGCACCGCAUGAGGCAAGUGGAGGCAUUAUUGGCGUAAACCGAAAAGGUCAAGUGUUGUCCGUCACCGUUGACGAAGAGCAAAUAAUUCCGUACAUUACCUCCACUUUGAUGAAUCCGGAUCUGGCACUCCGUAUGGCUGUUCGGAACAAUUUGUCUGGAGCUGAAGAUCUGUUCGUGCGUAAAUUCAAUAACUUGUUCCAAAACGCUCAGUAUGCCGAAGCUGCAAAGGUCGCUGCAUUGGCACCAAAGGGCAUCUUGAGAACCCCACAAACCAUUCAACGUUUCCAACAGGUGCAAACACCAGCAGGCGCUUCGUCUCCGCCUCUAUUACAGUAUUUCGGAAUUUUGUUAGAUCAAGGCAAGUUGAACAAGUAUGAAUCGUUGGAGCUGUGCCGUCCGGUUUUGCUACAAGGCAAGAAAGUAUUGUGCGAAAAGUGGUUGAAGGAAGAGAAAUUGGAGUGCAGUGAAGAAUUGGGAGAUUUGGUGAAACCGACCGAUGCAACAUUAGCUCUGUCCAUCUACCUAAGAGCAAAUGUACCGAAUAAGGUGAUUCAAUGCUUCGCCGAAACUGGCCAAUUUCAGAAGAUUGUCAUGUAUGCCAAGAAGGUCAACUAUACGCCCGACUACGUUUUCUUGUUGCGUUCGGUAAUGCGAACGAAUCCGGAACAAGGAGCCGGCUUUGCAGCAAUGUUAGUAUCUGAUGAGGAACCGUUGGCCGAGAUCAAUCAGAUUGUUGAUAUUUUCAUGGAACAGAACAUGGUCCAGCAAUGUACGGCAUUUUUGUUGGACGCAUUGAAGCACAACCGUCCGAACGAGGGUCCGUUGCAAACGAGAUUGUUGGAAAUGAAUUUGAUGUCUGCUCCACAAGUAGCCGAUGCUAUUUUGGGUAAUGCAAUGUUCACGCACUACGAUCGAGCCCACAUUGCCCAAUUGUGCGAGAAGGCCGGCUUGUUGCAACGUGCUUUGGAACAUUACACCGACUUGUAUGACAUCAAGCGUGCAGUUGUUCACACUCAACUACUGAAUGCCGAAUGGUUGGUCAAAUUCUUUGGCAGUUUGUCCGUUGAAGAUUCGCUGGAAUGUUUGAAGGCCAUGCUUACCGCAAACAUUCGUCAGAAUUUGGAAAUUUGCGUCAAAAUUGCUAACAAAUACCACGAACAAUUGACUAGCAAAGCCUUAAUUGAUCUGUUCGAGAAUUUCAAGAGCUACGAAGGACUUUACUACUUCUUGGGAUCAAUUGUGAAUUUCAGCCAGGACUCCGAAGUGCAUUUCAAGUACAUUCAAUCGGCCUGUAAAACCAAUCAGAUCAAGGAAGUGGAGCGCAUUUGCCGCGAGUCGAAUUGUUAUAAUCCCGAACGGGUUAAGAACUUCUUGAAAGAAGCCAAGCUAACCGAUCAACUUCCGCUCAUUAUUGUUUGUGACCGUUUCGACUUUGUCCACGAUCUCGUCUUGUACUUGUACCGAAAUAACUUGCAGAAAUAUAUCGAAAUUUACGUGCAGAAAGUGAAUCCAUCUCGUUUGCCAGUGGUUGUUGGCGGUCUGCUGGAUGUCGAUUGCUCGGAGGAUAUUAUCAAAAAUUUGAUUCUUGUCGUCAAGGGACAGUUUUCAACCGAUGAAUUGGUCGAAGAAGUAGAAAAACGAAAUCGUUUGAAAUUGUUGCUGCCAUGGCUAGAGUCACGUGUGCACGAAGGAUGCAUUGAGCCAGCCACCCACAAUGCACUGGCUAAAAUUUACAUCGACUCCAACAAUAACCCGGAACGUUUCUUGAAAGAAAAUCAAUUUUAUGACAGCCGAGUUGUUGGAAAGUAUUGCGAGAAACGCGAUCCACAUUUGGCUUGCGUUGCAUACGAACGCGGAUUGUGUGAUCGUGAAUUGAUCGCCGUUUGCAACGAAAAUUCCCUAUUCAAAUCGGAGGCCAGAUAUUUGGUUCGUCGUCGUGACAUUGAACUCUGGGCAGAAGUUUUGUCCGAAAGUAAUCCAUUCAAGCGUCAGUUGAUCGAUCAGGUCGUUCAAACCGCAUUGUCUGAAACCCAAGAUCCCGACGACAUUUCGGUAACAGUCAAAGCAUUCAUGACUGCCGAUUUGCCCAACGAACUCAUCGAAUUGCUGGAGAAAAUCGUUCUUGAUUCGUCCGUGUUCUCCGAUCAUCGUAAUUUGCAAAACUUGUUGAUAUUGACUGCAAUCAAAGCUGAUAGAACUCGCGUCAUGGACUACAUUAACCGUUUGGACAACUAUGACGCUCCAGAUAUUGCCAACAUUGCCAUCAGCAAUCAAUUGUACGAGGAAGCCUUCGCUAUUUUCAAGAAGUUCGACGUUAAUACGUCCGCUAUUCAGGUUUUGAUUGAACAAGUGAACAAUCUGGAACGAGCCAACGAAUUCGCUGAACGAUGCAAUGAGCCGGCUGUCUGGUCUCAAUUGGCCAAGGCUCAGCUUCAACAGGAAUUAGUCAAGGAAGCCAUUGACAGUUACAUCAAAGCUGACGAUCCAAGUGCUUACAUGAGCGUUGUUGAAACAGCUAGUCGCUUGGGUUCAUGGGAUGACUUGGUGCGUUAUUUACAAAUGGCGCGCAAGAAGGCACGUGAAAGCUACAUUGAAAGUGAGUUGAUCUAUGCCUACGCUCGUACCGGACGCCUUGCCGAUUUGGAGGAAUUCAUUUCCGGACCGAAUCAUGCUGAUAUUCAAAAGAUUGGCGAUCGCUGCUUCACCGACAAGAUGUACGAUGCGGCCAAAUUGUUAUACAAUAACGUCAGCAACUUUGCCCGUCUUGCUAUCACUUUAGUGCAUCUUAAAGAAUUCCAAGGAGCCGUCGACAGUGCACGUAAAGCUAAUUCAACGCGUACAUGGAAGGAAGUUUGUUUUGCUUGUGUUGAUGCACAAGAAUUCCGUUUGGCCCAAAUGUGUGGUCUUCACAUUGUCGUUCAUGCCGACGAAUUAGAAGACCUAAUCAAUUACUAUCAAGAUCGCGGACAUUUCGAAGAAUUGAUUUCAUUGCUUGAGGCUGCAUUGGGCUUGGAACGUGCCCACAUGGGAAUGUUCACUGAGCUCGCUAUUUUGUAUUCCAAAUACAAACCGUCAAAGAUGAGAGAACAUUUGGAAUUGUUCUGGUCUCGUGUUAAUAUACCAAAAGUAUUGCGUGCCGCUGAAUCAGCUCACUUAUGGUCAGAAUUAGUGUUUCUGUACGACAAAUACGAGGAGUACGAUAACGCUGUGUUGGCCAUGAUCGCCCAUCCAACGGAAGCAUGGCGAGAGGGUCACUUCAAGGACAUCAUAACAAAAGUGGCUAACAUUGAGCUGUACUACAAAGCGAUUCAAUUCUACUUGGACUUUAAGCCAUUAUUGUUGAACGAUAUGUUGGUGGUGCUAGCGCCUCGAAUGGACCACACAAGAUCGGUGAAUUUCUUCACACGAACUGGACAUUUGCAGUUGGUCAAACCUUACUUGAGAUCCGUUCAAACGUUGAAUAACAAAGCUAUUAAUGAAGCGCUCAACGAGUUGCUGAUUGAUGAAGAAGACUAUCAAGGCUUGAGAACAUCGAUCGAUGCCUUCGACAAUUUCGACAAUAUUGCAUUGGCACAACGACUGGAGAAACAUGAACUAACCGAAUUCCGACGUAUUGCUGCCUAUCUGUAUAAAGGUAACAAUCGCUGGAAGCAAAGUGUGGAGCUAUGCAAGAAGGAUCGAUUAUUCAAAGACGCUAUGGAAUAUGCCGCCGAAUCCGGUAAACAAGAAAUUGCGGAAGAACUGCUGGCCUGGUUCCUUGAACGACAAGCAUUUGACUGUUUUGCUGCUUGCUUAUUCCAAUGUUACGAUUUACUGCGACCCGAUGUUAUAUUAGAAUUAGCAUGGCGUCACAACAUUAUGGAUUUCGCAAUGCCGUAUCUGAUUCAGGUUACGCGCGAGUACACAUCCAAAGUGGACAAAUUGGAAGCAAGCGACGCACAGCGACAACAGGAGGGCGAACAAACUGAGCAUAAACCAAUUAUAUUACAAGAACAACAAUUGAUGAUCACGGCCGGUCCAAUGGGCAUUGCUCCACAGUAUGCGCAAGGUUAUGCGGCGCCCGGAUAUGCGCCCCAGAUGGGCUACCAAGGCUACGGAAUGUAGAAAUUUAUUCCUUCAUUGCAUUUAGUUAAUCAGAUUUCGUAAAACCUUUUAGCACGUAACCAUUGAGUAUGAAAAAGUAUAUAAAACAAAAAAAAAAAAAAUAAAGUGCAACGUUAUGGGAUUCCCAACGGACUCUAACAAAGUAAACAGAAAAAAGAAACAUUUAACAUUAGCCUCUCAAGUUUUGGUGUAAAAAGCUUCACGUUCGCAUAUUAUAAAUAAAUCAAAGAAAAAUUAAGAAAAAUUUAAGACAAAAAGAAAAACAAAUUUUUCCAAUGCACAGCUGAAUGGUUGCAUUAUUUUCCUUAGAUUUAUAUUCCAAAUAAAUAUAAAAAUCAUGUUAACAAAUAGAAAUGGAUUUCUUUUCAUCGUCCGCAUGUCAUUAUUUAGUAAUUUUUUGUUAUUUUGUUGUAAUUAUAUAUUUUGUUUGGCACAGCCAGCCCCCCCAGUUCCGGCGAAAGUGGAAGUCUCGCGUAAAGAAAAAGUAACUAUUUUUGUAAAGUUGAUUUCAAUGGAAACUGUGCAUUAAAAAUAAUAAUUAUUUUUUUGUGUUUUCAUCAUGAGUUCGCGGUAAAUUCGGCAAGACAAAUUUUUAUUUUAAAUUUCCGUCGAAAAAUUGAUGUAUAUAAAAGAAGAGAUUAUAGAACACAAAUAGAGAGAGAGCGAGAGGGAAAAUGUUAAUAAUAAAAAUGAAAAAUAAUGACAGUAACAGUUAAAUCUAAAAAUAAUUCAAAUUUUGGAAAAAUAAAUCACACUCAGAACACUUAAAG